UACCUGAGCUUAGUAGAUUAAAUCUCUCGUUCGUGACUACUAAAUUAGUUUAUUUAAACAUUCACAUGAAUCUCAUCAACAUGUUUGAUAUCAUAACCCGUUUUAGAAUUUUAAGUCCUUGGCAGAGACCAGAGAGGUAUGCUGUUUUGCUUUAGGUUCUGUAUUCUUUGCCACUCCAUUAAAGCUGCAUCGUGCAUUAUACACGUGGAAUUUAGUAGACUGUUACUGGACCUAAGCAGAUCACAUCUCUUCAAAUGGUGGCGUGUGGGGAGCACAAGUUAUUGAUAUGCCUCGUCGGCGUCCACCACCAUGCAUUAUCACAGCGGUUUUUUAUAUACUAACGAAGAAGAAGAAGAAGAAGAAGAAACCAACUUACUUUUGAUAUCUUAACGCAUUACUACUCUCUAUAUCCUUUUUAGUUUCAGGAAGAGAGUUUAUUACUUUGCAAUGGAGCAAACCAAGAAGCUCAAAACUUCUUCUGAGUUCUCCUUAUCUGAUGAAUCCUCAGCUUCUUCUUCUUCAAUCAGGCCUGAGAAAAUGGUGGAAGUGAAGAAGGAGCCAGUUUCUUCCCUUAAGAAGGCAGACCGAGAGAGGAUCCGUAGAGAUAAGCUCAAUGAACAGUUUCUUGAGCUCGGAAAUGCACUUGAUCCCAAUAGGCCUAAGAGUGACAAAGCUUCAAUUCUCAUUGACACAAUACAAACCCUGAAAGAUUUAAUGACUCAAGUUGAUAGACUAAAGGCUGAGCAUGUCACACUUUCUCAAGAGUCUCGUGAGCUAAUUCAAGAGAAGAGCGAGCUAAGAGAGGAGAAAACAUCUCUUAAAUCCGACAUUGAUAUUCUUAAUGCUCAAUAUCAACAUAAAGUCAGAACCAUGGUCCCAUGGAUUCCACAUUACACUUAUCCUGUCCCUCUAGUUGCAAUAACUCAGGGUCCAGUCUCCACUCUGCCUUUUCCACUCUAUGCCACUCAAAAUCCUGCACCUUUACCUAGCCCAUGCUCUACCUUUAUGCCAUAUUCAGCCGAACAAAAAGAUGAUGCUGGUUUAGAGCUUGAGCUUAAAAUCCAUGCCUCUUCUUCAGAUCAAGAGGAUGUUUCUGGUAAAGAGAAGAAAGGAAACUCGGCAAUCACUGCAAGCUCAUCUAAUAGUUACUCAUCAUCUCAAGCUGUUUCAGAUAGUGUAUUGUAAAUAACAUUUUCAAGUCAUAAACUCUGUAAUUCCCAGCCAAGUAAAAUUCUGUGAACUAUGUGUAGACUGUAGUCAUGUAUUUUAAAAUCACAAGCAAAUAAAAAAAUAACAAAAUCAACUGCUC